AUGAUUGGAUUCCGGAAAAGGCCCAGGCAGCUUUUGGGCACCCCCAAGCAGUUUAAACAGAUCGGGUUCCACUAUGUCAAAACCACGCCAUCAGUCUCCAUCCUGCAGGAUUAUUCAAUCAUGCUUCCCCCGAUCAAUCUUCAAGCUUGGUUGAAAGAGAACAGACACCUUCUGCAACCUCCAGUAAAUAACUACUGUUUGCACCGUGGCAAUGGAGCGACGACCAUGAUUGUGGGCGGGCCCAAUGAGCGAACGGACUACCACAUCAAUGGCACACCUGAAUGGUUUUACCAAUUGGAGGGUGCAAUGACAUUGAAGGUUGUCGAGGACGGUGAGUUCAAAGACAUUAUCAUCAGAGAAGGUGAGGUCUUCAUGCUCUCACCGAAUGUGCCUCAUAGCCCUUGUCGCUACGCCAACACUGUCGGUAUUGUCGUUGAGCAAGAUCGGCCCAAGGGUAUGCUGGAUUCUCUUCGUUGGUAUUGUGAAAAAUGUAAAGAGAUUGUCUACGAGGUCAGCUUUUAUAUGGAGGACCUUGGAACCCAAGUGAAAGCAGGUAUUGAAGCUUUUGAGAGCGAUAUGGACGCUCGCACUUGCAAAAACUGUGGAACUGUCGCUCAGAUCCGCCCCGAAAAGCCUUCUGCGGCCCCUGUAUAA